CGACUGCUUCGACAAAACCAGCCAUGGAUGACAUCUUUUGCAUCUUGUCUAGCCGCCAAGAGGAUGGCAGCUUAUCGAUUUCGGAGUUCAACACGGCCCAAGAGAGGGCGUUCGGGGUCAAUGGAUCCUUGAUCAUCGUCAUAGUCUUCGUGAUGGGUGUCAGGUUAUACACGAGGUUCUCCAUCACGAAGUCCAUUGGGGCUGAUGAUUUUAUGAUGAUUGCCGGGACCAUUGCCACAAUCUUGCAGUCUGUUUUCGUCAUGAACUCUGUGAGACACGGCCUAGGAAGAAUCAGAGCUGAUAUACCGUUCAAUGAGUGGGAGCCAAUGUUGCUAUCACUCUAUAUCUCCCGAUUGUUCUUCGCUGUCGGCAACGUCCUCGUCAAAGUCGGCCUUCUGUUAUUUUAUCUGCGCCUCGAUAACCGACCAACGAUGCGGUGGACGGUGUAUGGACUCAUGGCGGCAGUGAUCGGAUUGGGAAUCUGUCACUUCGUCAUGUCCGCCAUCGAAUGCAACCCUGCCAAGGUAUACUGGACAUCCAAAGGGGAUCACGAAAUCUAUGCGGAAUACUGCAUGCCGGCUGCGGUACAACAGGCAUUCUGGGACGCCGCCGGGGUGAUUGUCAUUGUCACAGAUAUUUGUCUUUGGAUCUGUCCGAUUCCCAUGAUCUGGGGCUUGCAAUUGCCGCAGCGGCAAAAGUGGGCGGUAUCGGCAGUGUUUGCGUUGGGAGUGGUUUGCGUUGCAGCUGGCUGCGUGCGCUUCUACUACGUCCGACAAUUGGCAAACGAACCCGAGAUAUACCGGCAAUUCGCCAGCUCGCUCAUCUGGUACGCCGUUGAGCUCUACGUCGCCAUCUUCUUAAGAAUGUCUAGAUACGCCGAAGCCUUCCAGACCCCCAAGGGACCAGGCGAUGCUCGCCCAACAGCCCUCCAAAUCAUCCAAGACGAAGGCCUCGUCGGGAAACUCACCGGCAAGACCAUCCUCAUCACCGGCGCAAACCAAGGCAUCGGCCUCGAAACAGCCCGCGCGCUCUACCAAACCGGCGCCACCAUCUACCUCGGCGUCCGCAGCCGCGAAAAGGGCGAAAAGGCAAUCGCAGACAUCACCGCCUCAACCAAGACCGAAACCUCCGGGUCUCUAGACUUUGUGGAAAUGUCCCUCGACGACUUUAUCUCCGUCCGCAAAGGCGCGCAGAACUUCUUGUCCAAGAGCAACGGCAAGCUCAACAUUCUCGUCAACAAUGCAGGCAUUAUGGCCCAGACAAAGACCAUAACUAAAGACGGCUUCGAAUCGCAGUUUGCCACGAACCACCUGGGCCACUUCCUCCUCUUCCAGCUCCUUAAGCCCGCCCUCCUCGCGUCCGCAACGCCGGAUUUUGCGUCCCGCGUUGUCGUCGUGUCGUCCAUGGCCCACCGCGCCGGCGAUAUCCGCUUCGAGGAUGUCAACUUUGACGAGGAGGGAUCGUAUGUGCCGUACACGGCAUACGGCCAAUCCAAGACGGCCAAUAUUUACUUCUCCAACGAGGUUGAGCGGCGCUAUGGGGCCUCGCGGAACUUGCACUCCACUUCGCUCCAUCCAGGCGCCAUCUUGACCAGCAUGGCUGCGUCGCAAAACGUCGACGUGGACGCGAUCAAGGCCAGCAUGGGAGAGGAGACGUUCAACAAGCUCAUGAGCACGCUCAAGAACCCGGAGCAAGGGGCCGCUACCACCGUUUAUGCCGCCGUGAGUAAAGAGUGGGAGGGUAAGGGCGGGAAAUAUCUCAACGACUGCGCUGAGGGCGGACCUGGUGUCGGUGGAUUCACGCCUGCGACGACGGAUCCUGGGUAUGCUUCGUGGGCUUACGAUGAGGAGAAAGCUGCGCGGUUAUGGAGGGAGUCGUCCAAAAUGGUUGGAGUUGAGGAUGAUGCUUAGCACUUUUGUCCUGUGAUGAUGGGCUUGCCAUGGG